GGCAAGGGAAGCCAUGGUGACGACGACGAAGAUGAUGAAGAUGAUGAAGAAGAACACAAGUGGCACGGAAAGGGAGAUCAAGACAACGAGUGGCACGGAAAGGGUGACCAAGACAACGAGUGGCACGGAAAGGGUGAUCAAGACAACGAAUGGAACGGAAAGGGUGGUCAGGACAGCGAGUGGCACGGAAAGGGUGGUCAGGACAGCGAGUGGCAUGGAAAAGGAGGCCAGGAUGAUGAAUGGCAUGGAAAGGGAGGCCAGGAUAAUGAGUGGUACGGUAACAAGUGGCAAGAUAAUAAAUGGCAAGACGACAAGUGGCACGGUGACCAGUAUCCCAGCCACAAUGAGAUUGACACAUCCCACACUAUUACCAUAACCAAAACCAAUUGGAAUACUAUUUUCCAGACAAUUGUUCCUGUAAGCACCGCCACUGUAUACUAUGGUGGAGAUGAUUGUGAGGAGGAAGAUGAAAAUGACUGGCACGGUAAUAAGAAAUCCUACAAAGGUGAAAAGCCCCCUCGUCUGUAUUAAUCUUGCUCUAAUUGUCUAACUAUCAACAUACCAUAGUACAUAUAGUCUUUAAUGAUUUUAUUUUUUUAUGCUCAAUACAAUACCCACAUUUAAACCUCU